GACCCUUGGCAGGUUCUGCUGGCUGGGCCCUGCUGAAGGCUGUGUACGGCAGCCAUGGCUAGGGGUGUGUGGGGCAGGGCCCGGGGAGGCCCUGUCGGGGCCCUAACCCUGACAGCUCUGGCUGAAGGGAUCCGGGCCAACCAGGGGCAGCCCACAAGACCCCCUUCCAGGGGCCCUCAGCCUGAACCUGAGCUUGAACCUGAGGCAGAGCCUAGAAGUGUAGCCGAAGCCAUCCCUACAGCUGCCCAGGAGCCUUGCUCCCCUCCCCAUAUGCACAAGUCAGCCCCUGAGGGACCCCACGAGGUCCCCCAGAGUUCCUGGGAGGCAGGGGCCCUCUCUGACCUGGCAUUGUACACAGCUGCCUGCCUGGAAGAGGCUGGCCUUUCAGGGACACAGGCGACAGUGCUCACCCUGUCCUCAGCCCUGGAAGCCCAGGGGCAGCGACUGGAGGACCAGGUGCAUGCCCUGGUGCUCGGGCUGCUGGCGCAGGUGCCCCGCCUGGCUGAGGGGAGGCCCCGACAGGCAGCCUUGCGGGUGCUGAGUUCACUGGCUCUGGAGCACUCGAGAGACGUGGUGUGUGCACUUCUGCCCUGCUCGCUGCCCCCGAACUGGGCGGCGGCCGAGUUGUGGCACAGCCUGAGCAGGAACCAGCGUGUGAACGGGCAGGUGCUGGUGCAGUUGCUGUGGGUGUUAAAGGGUGCAGCUGGACCCAAGCAGCAGGCACUGGCAGCCACUCAUGCCCUUGGGGAGAUGCUGUCUGUGUCUGGCUCUGUGGGUGCCACGCGGGGCUUCUACUCGCACCUCCUCCUGGCACUGGUCACGCAGUUGCAUGAGCUGGCCCGGGGCCCAUGCUCCCCAGACACCCACAAGGUUUGGGCCCCAUCCCACUGUGGACCACCACACAACCAUGCCAGUUGUGCGGUGGAGGCCUUGAAGGCCCUGCUCACCGGGGACGGCAGCCGCAUGGUGGUCACGUGCAUGGAGCAGGCUGGAGGUUGGAGGAGGCUGGUGGGAGCCCACACCCACCUAGAGGGUGUCCUGCUGCUGGCCAGAGCCAUGGUGGCCCACGCGGACCACCACCUGCGGGGCCUGUUCGCUGACUUGCUGCCUCGGCUGCGCAGCGCCGAUGACACUCAGCGCCUUACGGCUAUGGCCUUCUUCACGGGGCUGCUGCAGAGCUGGCCCACCGUGCGGCCCCUGCGGGAGGAGGUCAUCCUGGAGCGGCUCCGCGUCUGGCGGAGCGACCCCGAGCCCACCGUGCGCUGGCUGGGCCUGCUUGGUCUCGGCCACCUCGCGCUGAGC